UGGGUCUUCCUUAGGGUCUUCAUUCGGGCCGCAGGAGCAGGGGCGGGCUGUCUAAGACUUCGGGGGGGAAGGGACCGCGGACGUCAUGGCGCGGAUGGUCUGAGGCAGGGGAUUUUGAGGAGAUCGGCCUGGCGAAGGAAGACCUUGAGAAGGACUCCGAUCGUCCCGGGGUGGACGGGGGAGUUGGGCUCGCGCCGGGCAGCCUUGGUUUUGGGGCCGACUGCCCCCGACACCCCCAGGCUUGGAAAGAACCGUUCGGGGCCGGCAGCACCGUCUUUGAGACGCACAUCUCGCAGCUUGGGAGACUCAAUUCCGGGCAGUCGCGGAUUGAUGAUAAUUUUAAUUCCUUCAGGGCAGAGGCCCACCCACUUCUAUACUAAUUUCAAAGUUUUGUCUGAAGUCAUUUCUAUAAAGAGCUGCAGAAGUUGAUUCCUCACGUUAUGUGUGUAGUCCUUUGAGAAUGAUUAAGCUGUGUACAAGUCGUAAGAGUCAUUUUGAUGUAUGGUUACUGGCUCUGGUUUUUUUUUUUUAGUGUCUGAGGCACACACAGGUUGAAUUCCACUCUCGGUAUCACACAGCAUGUAAGAGCUCUGAACACAAAUCUCGAGAUUGUAUUCUGAGUCUCACUGUGUCCUGGAAGCUACAGUGAGUGCAGGCUGUGGACAAGGCCCCAAGUAGCAAGGCGUGGGCCCAUCUCUGAGUCAUGUCGGGAGAGAGGCCUCAGCCUGGACUCUUGAUCCCUUUUUUACUUUUUUAGGAAAGGGUAGAUUACAUCCCACUGGUGCUCAAAGGAGCCCUGGUGGUGUAGUGGUUAAGAACGUGGCUGCUAACCAAGAAGUCGGCAGUUUGAAUCCACCAGGUGCUCCUUGGAAACCCUAUGGGGCAGUUCUCUGUCCUAGGGUGUUGCUAUGAGUCAGAAUCCACUAGACUGCAGUGGGUUUGGUUUUUUUAUUGUUGUUUGGUGCUCAAAGUUUUCCUCCAGUGGCAUGUUGAGAAUUGUGAUAAAAUCAUGUUAUCUCAUGGUUCAUUUUUCUUUCAUGUGACUCCUUUGCCUUCUUGGGAUGGUGCCUUUCCCCAGGAGAUCUGCAUUGAACAAGAAGGAAUAACUUCUGGACUCUUUCUUUCUAUUAGAGUUACAGGGGAUGAGUCCCACCACACGGAGAAUCGCAAAGGACAUAACAGUGCCUGCCACCAGUAGCAGCAACACUAGAUGUGAACCCAUUUCAUGCCUUGCAAAGGAAGAGAAUAAAUAAAAGCACUGCUGUGUUCAGAAAGCCCAGGAAAGGAGACCAUGGAGACUUUGACCUCAAGACAUGAGGAGAGAGCAAUUCAUUUUGAAGCCUCAGCCCCUUCCCAAGAAGAAGAUGAGACCAAGUCUCAGGAGUCAUUGACGUUCAAGGACGUGGCUGUGGUCUUCACUGCGGAGGAGCUGGAGCUGUUGGACUGUGACCAGAGGAAGCUGUACAGAGAUGUGAUGCUGGAGAGCUUCAGGAACCUGGUCUCUGCGGGGCAACAGCCUUUCAAAUCUGAUAAGAUAUCCCAUUUGGAGCAAGAUAAAGAAACCUGGGUGACAGAGAGAGAAGCUGCAGUGGAUGCUUAUCCAGGAGACAAGAAUGAAAAGGAUAUGGAGUAUAUUCAAGAAAAAGAAUUAAAAGUCCUUUUACACAAAGAGCUUUCCUACUGGAAACUGUGGGAACAGGUGACUGGUGAAUUAACUGGGAAUCAGGACCACCGAAUAAAUCUUCAGGGGAAAGAGAUCCCGUUUUCGGAGGAUGCUUCUCGUUGUCAAGGGCGGGAAGGCAAGUCUACUCAGGGUUUUCAGAUUGAGAAUGUGGUGGACGGUCUUCAAGGGAAUGGCCCCAUCAACGUGGAAAAUCAAGGGUUUCCAGCCUGGAAAGCUGUCAGCCCGGUCCCCAUUCAGGAAUCUUGGGCCCUUGUGAACGAGCCUUGGAAUGUUCAAGGCAGCUGUAAAAAAAUCGGCACAGAAGAUACAGUAUAUAAAUGUGAUUGGGAUGAUUAUGGCUUCAGCUGGAUAUCACAUUGCCACGAUGAUCAGAGCCCACCUGAAGGAGAGAAACGUUAUGAAUGCGACGAGCAUCAGAAUCAGUGUGUUGAUGAGGCAGUACUUUAUCACAGUAACUCUAGCGAGAAUGGCUUUAAAAGCGAGGAAGGUGGAAACGGCUUCAGGGAUGAUUCCAACUCUCCCACUCAUCCACGAGUGCACUUGGAAGAGGAACCCUAUGGAUAUCAGGAAUACGUGAGGCAGAGUGCCUGUCCUGACAAACACCAAAGCAUCCCCUUAGGAGGACUGUCAUCUGCAAGUAUUGAGUGUGGUCAGGGCUCCAAGCAAAGCGUUGACUCUCUGCACGCAGCAGAGAAGCCCUUCAGAUGUGAGUGUGGGAAGGGCUUCGGCCGAAGCUGGGACCUCCAAGUCCAUCAGAGGGUCCACACCGGAGAGAAGCCCUUUACAUGCCUCGAGUGUGGGAAGGGCUUCUGGCGGAUCUCAGACCUUCACAGUCACAAGAAAGUCCACACUGGGGAAAGGCCCUACGUAUGUGAUGUGUGUGGUAAAGGUUUUAUUUUCAGCUCUGACCUCCUCAUUCAUCAGAGAGUCCACACAGGGGAGAAACCCUAUAAAUGUCCUGAGUGUGGCAAAGGCUUCAGUUAUAGCUCAGUACUUCUCACUCACCAGAGAGUCCACACAGGUGAGAAACCUUAUAAAUGUGAAGAGUGUGGCAAGGGCUUUAGGUGCACCUCAAAUCUUUACACACAUCAGCGAGUCCACACAGGAAAGAAACCCUAUACGUGUGAUGAAUGUGGCAAGGGUUUCAGUUACAGCUCAAAUCUUCGCACCCAUCAGAGAUUACACACAGGAGAGAAGCCCUAUAAGUGUUUGGAGUGUGGAAAGGGCUUCAGGUUCAGCUCGGGUCUGCUCAGCCACGAGAGAGUGCACACGGGAGAGAAACCAUAUAGAUGCGAUAUAUGUGGGAAGAGCUACAGUCAGAUCUCACAUCUUUACGGCCAUCAGAGGGUCCACACAGGAGAGAAGCCCUAUAGGUGUGAAGAGUGUGGGAAGGGCUUUAGUCAAAGCUCCUCUCUUCAGGUCCAUCAGAGAGUCCACACGGGAGAGAGACCCUAUAAGUGUGAGGAGUGUGGGAAAAGCUACAGUCGAAGCGCAGGUCUGCGAAAUCAUCAGAGAGUGCAUUUUAAGUGAGAAACGUUAUUAGUAGGUGUCAGUUGAGGACUGUAGUUAGAACUCAGGACAUUAUAUUUAUUUGAGAGCCAACCCAGGAGAAAGACUUUAUGAAGGUAAUGUGUAUGAAGGGCUGCUGAAGAGGCUGAAUUUUUCAUAGUCAUUAGCUCAUCUGUGUAGGAAGAGAAGAUGAAAGUUUGGUAAAUAAAGCACUUCAGUCACAAACUUCAGUCUUCAAGACUCUGUUAUACAGCAGAAUAAUCUUUAGAUGGCAUGGUAAUGGCCUUGGUAAAAAAUUGUCACUUUCCU